AUGGAGAUUAAUAAGCAUCCAUCUUAUGACCAGCCACCGCUUCAAGACUACCCCAGCGAGGACGUGUUCAACGAACUUCUGCCGCCACCAUACACAGAUGAGGAACCACCCGCAUAUUCUACAGUCGUUGAAAGUAGCAGCACCGCCUAUACCACUGCUCCUGUAAGUCUGGAUUAUAUGUCUAAACUUCCCUACGGAGAUUCGGUAAACUCCAGUCACCAAUCGCCUCUAGAAAGGCAAAGCUACUACCAAGAACCUUUCGGUCCGCAAAUGUCUUUUCAACAGUUUUCUAAUCAGGAAACUUUCAAUCCUCAAAUCACGAGCCCUAUCGUAAGCGCCCCAGAUUUCCCACAAGAAACCACCAGAUAUUCUUCAAACCUGCUGCCUGGACCUCAGCGCACCACUUCCAUAACUCCACACAAAGACCUUCUUCAGCCAACACCUUCUCGCUUAAUCGAAACAAAGAAGACAAGACGCGGAAACAUUAAAUCCCACAUCAAAGAUCUUGAAACUGGAAAGGAAUAUUUUAUCAAGGAAAAGAUCAGCAAGGGUGGCAAUCGCAGCAAAACGGUGGUCAAGGAAGUUGGAGGUCCUAAAACAGUAGUCAGGGAAACACCUAAACGAACCAUUGUUUGUCAAAAGAAGAAAUAA